AUGAAUAACGAAAAGGACUUUCGCCAAUUCCAGAGGCCUCGUACAUCCUAUACUGGGAUGAGCGCUGGGAAUGGUUCGCUCAUGCGGCCGUCAGUUGAUUCGGCCAUUCCAUUUCAGACACCAGGGUGGCCCACUUAUCAAGAGCCCUGGCCUUUCCAGCGUACUCAGAUUCCUCAGCAUAAAAGAUCAAAGGCCUGGAAUGAGGAAAGCAACACCACCAGCGACCCCAAAGUCGUGGUGUCCGUCAGGGACGCUAACCUGCUAGGCCGCUAUUAUAAAAAAGCCUUUGAGAACCUGCAACAGACAAAUUGUCGAGUGCUUGCAAAGGCAUAUAUCAAGCUCGUGGAGCCUCGCAAGCAGGUCAAUUACCCGUACAACGGACGGAAAAUCGUUGAUGGAACUCCUCGGCAGCUGGAUCCAAAUGAAACAAAGCCGCCCUGGUGGCCAUCUGGAGUAAGCCACCGAGAACCGGAUCACUUACCUAAAGCCGAGCGCAUUCGACUCUUGAUCUAUAUCUUGCGCGAUCUGCGCACCAGCCAUGGGAUCACAGCCAGAAAAUUGAGGGAGGCUGAUCAGCCUAUUCGUCGUCAGAUCUCCCCAACAGAGAGACUGGAGAUCCUGGACGAGCUCUAUCGUGUCCGACAUGAAGAAGAGAAGUUCUUAGACGGAAAAACUGACACACAGGCGAUGGUCUGGAUCUCUCUUUCAAACUUGCCCAAGGAAGCGAGCCAGAGUCAUGGAGAACGCAGCGGAAACAAUAGCCCGAUUUCUGUUAGAAAUUCGGCCGCAACCACGCCGCGUGACGCGCCAGAGGGCUUAACUGUCGGCUCUCCUCGUCAUAUGCUAGCUUAUGCUGGAGAUUCUGCAGAGAUUUCGCCGAUCCGACACGCCCGUUCUGGCACAAUACCCCAAGUCAAACCUGGAAGGUCAACUGACCGGGUCCAGCCUAGCUUCGAUUCUGUACCUGUGUCCAUGACGCCGCAGGAUCUGAAGCGAAAACGGGAAAGUAUGCAUGGAUUUCCUCUUCACUCGCCUGGCCUUGCAGCUGGGGCUCACCAUUCUUCUAUGAGCCCCAUUGAGCUUCAAUCAUUGCCGAUCAGGUACUAUGGCGAUCCUUAUGAUUUUCAGCAGGGAGGUACCGUUGCGGAACCUUCGACAGCUGCGCCAUUAGACGAGUCUAUAGAUUUCCCAUAUCAUUUCGGCUACUAA